UUUUGGGAGGAAAUGCGCUCGAGCGCAGGAGGAGCCGAGCCUGCUGGACGUGUGCACGGGUGGCGGCACCACCAAUGAUGAUUACAUUAUAUCAAAUAUAAAUAUUAAUACAGAAGAAAAAGAAAAAACUUCCCCUCAUUGAUGUAGCUGUUCUUAUUUUUUUUCCUGUAUGAUGCGAAUGGAACUAAAGAAUUGACACCGAUGUUACCCGGAACCCAUACAACUCAACACCUUGCGGAAGCUAAGCUAAGCUAAGCUAGGCUAACACGGAAUUUGCAUCCUGACCGGUCAACGGACUGAACUUUUGAAAUAAACAUUUUAAUAUAUUUUUCGCAAAUAUAUUUUUUCCCUUCGUGUUGUUUUGUCGCAAAUUGUGAUUAUAAGUAAUAAAAAAACGUCUCCAGCAAACGAAGCUGUGGAGGGGGGAAAAAUAAAGCGGAUAACGUUGACACCGGGCGGACGUCGCGCAUCCUGCCGGCCUGCGGAGAGCCGACCAGUGGGGCUGUAGCGAUGGCCGAAGUCUCCGCCCUCACCCCUUCACCUUCGGCAAUGGCGGAUCAGUCAGUAGCUCCUCUUCCACCUCCAUCCUCUGCUCCGCCAUUCAAUGCAGAGCCACCUAAACCCGUCGCUGUCCCAAAAUCAGCUUUGUAUGGAGACCGAGCCAUCAUGGCUGCCGCUGUGUUACCGGUGCCACCUAAAGACACUUCUGUCCCCGUCCAGUUGGAAACUUCACCACUUUCUGAGAAUCCUCCUCUGGUUACAGCUCCUCCUGUCUGUGACUGUCCUCCUGACCGAGGAAAAGAAGGUCCCCCCACAACCCCCGAGCCUUUGACACAACCGAGCGACUCAGCAGAACCGUCGGGAGGAGAAGCGGAACCUGAACCAGCACAAAAUCCCACCACGCAACUCCAUCCAAUCUCAAACAACACAUCCUCGUCACACACUCCUCCUCCUUCUCCUCUGUCUAUCGUGCCCUUAGGCUCAAAUCCGUUGUCAGACAUGAAACCCGAUCUUCCGUCUCUCAUAGUCGACGAUUCGUCAGCUUCAUUCGUAGUGCCGCCUCCUGCUCAAUCAGGCCCCGCCCUGGACAAUCUGAGCUACCUGGAGUCAGCUAGCAUGAUGUCGGGGACGCUCGAGUCUCUAUCGGGCAUCGGCGAGGACGGAAGCUCGCUCGGGUCGGACUCGGAGCUCAACGGACCUGCCAUGAGGCGCACGGAUAAAUACGGAUUUCUCGGAGGAGCGCAGUUCAGCGAGGGCAAUGCGGCGGAGCUCAGUCUGGAGGUGGCACGGCACCGAGAGAUGAAGUGGCUGGACAUGUUCAAAAACUGGGACAAGUGGGUCUCUCGACGAUUUCCCAAGGUAAAGCUGCGCUGUAGGAAAGGAAUCCCGUCAUCUCUGAGAGCUCGAGCUUGGCAGCUUCUCUCCAACAGCGAGGAGCUUCUGAUGGCAAACGCUGGCAAGUUUGAGGAACUGGAGAGAGAGCCGGGAGAUCCGAAAUGGCUGGAUAUCAUCGAAAAGGACUUACACCGGCAGUUUCCUUUCCAUGAGAUGUUUGCUGCUCGAGGAGGUCACGGUCAGCAGGAUCUGUAUCGUAUACUAAAGGCCUAUACCAUCUAUCGGCCAGAUGAAGGCUACUGUCAAGCUCAGGCUCCUGUGGCUGCAGUGCUGCUGAUGCACAUGCCUGCAGAGCAAGCGUUUUGGUGUCUGGUGCAGAUUUGUGAGAAAUACCUGCCUGGCUACUACAGCGCUGGAUUGGAAGCAAUCCAGCUGGACGGGGAGAUCUUCUUCUCUCUGCUGAAGCGCGUGUGCCCCAUGGCCUACCGCCAUCUGAAGAAGUUUAAGAUCGACCCCAUCCUUUACAUGACCGAGUGGUUCAUGUGCAUCUUUUCUCGCACGUUACCGUGGUCGUGCGUCCUCCGCGUCUGGGACAUGUUCUUCUGCGAAGGGGUGAAGAUCGUGUUUCGUGUGGGUCUGGUCUUACUGAAGCAGAUGCUGGGUUCGGUGGAUAAACUGCGGGAGAUGCAGGGAAUGUACGAGACCAUGGAGCGCCUGAGGAACAUCUCACCAGACAGCAUCAGAGAGGAGCUGCUGGUUCAUGAGGUCACUGUUCUCCCUGUGACAGAGGCUUUGAUUGAGAGAGAGUGCACCAUCCAGGUGAAGAAGUGGCGCGAGUCUCGCGGUGCCCUCACGCACCAGCCGGCCCGCAGGCUUCACGGGACACGUGACAUCCACGAGCAAAAGCGUCGCGCCGCUGCCAUCAGCUCCGGGGGGAGUAUGUCCUUCCUGUCCAGCUCCAUGUCCUCUCCGCCACCCGGCCCCCUGCGCUCCUCUUCCAGCCUCCUCUCUCUUCCCGGCUUCCGCAAAUCCAAAAAUCCGUUUUCUCAAGGGAAAAAAACCUCUUUUUCCGGACCUUUUGCUCCAGAUACGCAGGUGUUUGGAGGUGGGACUCCUAUAAUGAUUACAGGACCACCACGCCCACCCGUUUCUGCGGCUUCGCCCACUGGAGGUGCAGGAGGACACAAGCCUAGUCCUUUAGUGACGAAACCUCCAGCUGCACCAAAAUCUCCAGUGUCAAAUACACCAGACGCUAAAACAGUGCCAAAAUCACAACCGGAACCAGCAUCAACAUCGGGGGCAAAACCAGAACCAACACCGGCGCCGAAACCUGAAGCAGAACCAACACCGGCACCGAAAUCCGGACCAGAACCAAUGUCGGCGCCAAAAUCCGAACCAGAACCAUCAUCUGCUCCAAACUCUGGAUCAGAAUCUGGACCACAACCCGAUUCCCAGCCAACAUCGGCGCCGAAAUCCAGCAAGGAAUCGGCCCAUCCUCCGAUCCCGAACCAACUCCAGCCCCCCAGAGUCGUCUCUGAGCAAGUCACACCCACGAUCCCGUCUCCUACGGCCAACAACAUGCCUCUGCCCCCCUGUGAGGACGAGGGCAAGAAGAAGAAAAAGAGCAAGGAGGAGAAAAAGAGCAAGGAGGAGAAAAAGAAAGAGAAGGAGGAGGAAAAGCAGAAGGCACGUGAGAAAAAGGAGCGCGACAAGGUGGAGAAGGCGAAGAAAGAGCGAGCCGAGAAGGAGAAAAAGAAGGAGAAAGGGGGCAAAAAGAAGGACAAGGCCGAGGCGGCGACGCAGAUGGAGGAGAAAAAGAAGGAGAAAGGGGCAAAAGAAGGACAAGGCCGAGGCGGCGCGCAGAUGGAGGAGAAAAAGAAGGAGAAAGGGGCAAAAGAAGGACAAGGCCGAGGCGGCGCGCAGAUGGAGGAGAAAAAGAAGGAGAAAGGGGCAAAAGAAGGACAAGGCCGAGGCGGCGCGCAGAUGGAGGAGAAAAAGAAGGAGAAAGGGGAGCGCGACAAGGUGGAGAAGGCGAAGAAAGAGCGAGCCGAGAAGGAGAAAAAGAAGGAGAAAGGGGCAAAAGAAGGACAAGGCCGAGGCGGCGCAGAUGGAGGAGAAAAAGAAGGAGAAAGGGGCAAAAGAAGGACAAGGCCGAGGCGGCGCAGAUGGAGGAGAAAAAGAAGGAGAAAGGGGCAAAAGAAGGACAAGGCCGAGGCGGCGCAGAUGGAGGAGAAAAAGAAGGAGAAAGGGGCAAAAGAAGGACAAGGCCGAGGCGGCGCGCAGAUGGAGGAGAAAAAGAAGGAGAAAGGGGCAAAAGAAGGACAAGGCCGAGGCGGCGCAGAUGGAGGAGAAAAAGAAGGAGAAAGGGGCAAAAGAAGGACAAGGCCGAGGCGGCGCAGAUGGAGGAGAAAAAGAAGGAGAAAGGGGCAAAAGAAGGACAAGGCCGAGGCGGCGCGCAGAUGGAGGAGAAAAAGAAGGAGAAAGGGGCAAAAGAAGGACAAGGCCGAGGCGGCGCGCAGAUGGAGGAGAAAAAGAAGGAGAAAGGGGCAAAAGAAGGACAAGGCCGAGGCGGCGCGCAGAUGGAGGAGAAAAAGAAGGAGAAAGGGGCAAAAGAAGGACAAGGCCGAGGCGGCGCAGAUGGAGGAGAAAAAGAAGGAGAAAGGGGCAAAAGAAGGACAAGGCCGAGGCGGCGCGCAGAUGGAGGAGAAAAAGAAGGAGAAAGGGGCAAAAGAAGGACAAGGCCGAGGCGGCGCGCAGAUGGAGGAGAAAAAGAAGGAGAAAGGGGCAAAAGAAGGACAAGGCCGAGGCGGCGCAGAUGGAGGAGAAAAAGAAGGAGAAAGGGGCAAAAGAAGGACAAGGCCGAGGCGGCGCAGAUGGAGGAGAAAAAGAAGGAGAAAGGGGCAAAAGAAGGACAAGGCCGAGGCGGCGCGCAGAUGGAGGAGAAAAAGAAGGAGAAAGGGGCAAAAGAAGGACAAGGCCGAGGCGGCGCAGAUGGAGGAGAAAAAGAAGGAGAAAGGGGCAAAAGAAGGACAAGGCCGAGGCGGCGCAGAUGGAGGAGAAAAAGAAGGAGAAAGGGGCAAAAGAAGGACAAGGCCGAGGCGGCGCAGAUGGAGGAGAAAAAGAAGGAGAAAGGGGCAAAAGAAGGACAAGGCCGAGGCGGCGCGCAGAUGGAGGAGAAAAAGAAGGAGAAAGGGGCAAAAGAAGGACAAGGCCGAGGCGGCGACGCAGAUGGAGGAGAAAAAGAAGGAGAAAGGGGCAAAAGAAGGACAAGGCCGAGGCGGCGCGCAGAUGGAGGAGAAAAAGAAGGAGAAAGGGGCAAAAGAAGGACAAGGCCGAGGCGGCGCGCAGAUGGAGGAGAAAAAGAAGGAGAAAGGGGCAAAAGAAGGACAAGGCCGAGGCGGCGCAGAUGGAGGAGAAAAGAACGCCACAGACACGGAUUUCCUGCGCCGGCGUGUUUUGACGAGACAAGACGAGUCUUUUGGAGGAGGGCGUGAAAGGGACGAAGUGCUCGAGAGUAACAAAAAGGAAGGAAGCAAGAAAAGGAGGGACAAAGGACGGGCUGGCGGGGCGGAGCGUUUGUGA